ACGGUCGCUCCGCGCAUCGAAAAACUUGGAAAAACAACAACUUUCGUUUCGCGUGCGUUGAAAACAGUUAGUAAAUCCAGCCAACACGCGAUUUUAACAGUGUUUUGUUUACAAACUUCCCUUUUUUUUGCAAGUGCUUCACAGAGUGUCGAGAAAUAACUAAAAGUCCUGCAAAAGUUCUACGGAUUACAAGUCCUAUAUUCGAGCUGCUUAGCCAUGGCCCAAACAGAGGCCAAAACCACGUGCACGCGGCGCCGCCGACAGUUUUUGUCUGAUGGCCAAAAUCGCCAGCAGCUGAAGCAACAACAACAACAACAAUUGGCGGUUUCCCUUUAAGAUAAAGGAUACAAAUUGAAAUAUAUAGUGUUGUGUAUUUUUGUAAGCGGCUUGGAUCGCGUACCGUUUUUAAACGUGGAGUGUGGACUGAAGAAAUCAAGCGAAAAGUGAUUAAAUUGCGAUCCACUGGCAACAGUUGUCAACAGAUCGCGGAAAUCCUAAGGAAAAGCAUCAGAUCAAAUCACUACAGCUUACGAAGAAGCCAUCAAAGCUUGCACAGCAUCCGGCGCGACAGGCUGUCUCACUUCCACAUCCGCAUUCGCAUUCGCCAAAAAAAGGAAGGCUCGUAAAAGGGCGCGCUACAACAAUAAGAACAUUUUAUGACGGUCACAUAAUAACAUUGGAAAACCCAGGGAAAGCGAGGAAAAGCAGGGAAAACCCAGGGAAGAAAAGGGGAUGCAAAUUACGUGGCACAUGAAGCGUCAAAGCGUUUGAUUUGAUUGUCAGCGCCAGAGAAGCGAAGCGUUUACACCUCCAACACAUUGCUCUUGAGCCGAUUGAUUGACUGACUGACUGACUGAUUGAUUGAUUGACAGAUUGGCCAGAUUGGUCGGAGGUCAGGCGAGUCGAGUCACGAGCACAAUGAACAAGAAGUCGCCACUGCCGCUGGCGGCUUUUCUCGGCAGCGAUGGCAGCGGCGGCAGCGGAGGAAACUGUGCCGCCAGCGGCAGCAGCAAUGUUGCAGCCACAGCAGCAGCGGCAGCGGCAGCAGCCAACGGUUCCGGCGGACGCGUCGGCGGUCGGCAAACCUCAUCGGCGGGCGGAUCGUCGGUCGGCGGCGGCUCCAAGUCGGACAAACGCGAGGCGGGCGGCGGGGGCGGCAGUCUGUGCGGCUGCCAAAAGGCCCCCAAGUCGCACUGCAUAUCAGCAACAGGCGUGCUUCUGUUGGUGCUGCUCUACACCGCCAUGGGCUCCAUUGUCUUCGUGACCCUCGAGGGGGAACUGGAGGAUGGGGGCACCCUGGAAACCGCUGUGGCAGCCUCUAAGCCCUAUCCCCGCACCGAAAUAGCCAACGCCGAUAUACGAUCCAGGACGGUGGAUCGCCUGUGGAUGAUAACGGAGGACCUGAAUAUUUUGUACAAGGAGAACUGGACCCGCCUCGCCGCCCAAGAGGUGCAACUGUUCCAGGACACUUUGCUGCGGGCGGUGCGCCAGUCGAAGGUUUAUCCCCCCGGCGGCAUCCAGCUGAAUGCACCGACACACAAAUGGACCUACGCCUCGGCCUUUCUCUACUCCCUGACAUUAAUUACGACGAUAGGCUACGGCGGCAUUUCACCCCGGACGCAGUGGGGUCGUGUGGCAGCCUUGGUCUACGCCCUCUUCGGGAUUCCUAUCGUCCUGCUCUACCUGUCCGCCAUGGGCGAGGCGCUCUCGGCGGGCAUGCGCUGCCUGUUCCGGCGCCAGCGGGUGAAAGGAGGACCAGGAGGAGGAGGUGGAGGCGGUGGCGGAGGAGGUGGAGGCUCGGGAAUCGGCGGUGGAGGCGGCGGACGAAAGUCGGACAAGAACAAAAGCCAGGGGCACUACGGUGCUGGUGGUGGUCACCAGAAGCUCCAUCAAUACGGUUUAUACCAACAGCAACAGCAGGCUCAACAGCAAUCGCAACAGCAACAGCAAUCGCAACAGCAGUCGCAACAGCAGCAAUCGCAAUCGCAGGGCAAGAAAUCCUCCUCCUCAAAUCGCCGCAAUUCGCCCAGUGUUCCCAUCUCCAUCUGCGUUUGCGUCCUCCUCUGCUACGUGAGCAGUGGAGCCAUCCUCUUUCACAAACUGCAGAACUGGAGUGUCCUGGAAUCCCUGUACUUCUGCUUCACCUCGCUGGGAACCAUUGGCUUUGGCGAAAUGGCGCCCAAUGGAUCGAUCGCCUUGUAUACAGCCUCCGCCUACAUUCUGGUGGGCAUGGCCGUGGUGGCCAUGUGCUUUAGCCUAAUCCAAACGGAAAUUGUCCUGUGGCUGCGCCGCUUCAGUGUGCAGGAUCAUGUGAUGCCCAAGGCCGAGGAGCUGGCCCUCGUCACGGUGGCUGUGACGCCGAAACCCUCCUGACAGCGACCCAGUGCGGAUCCUGGAGUGGGCUUGAACCUGGGACCCGCGCAGAACACACUGGGCCAGCAUCAGACCAUGUUCUUUGGCCCCGCCCACACGCUCACCCAGUACAGCUCCCUGCCGCGCAGGAGUCAUCUGCAGGGAGGAGGAGGCCAUGGAGGAUCCGCCUUCCAGAGGAACACGCCCAUCCGGCGAUCCACGGGCAUACCGGAGCACCAUCUGGAGUAUUUUGUGCCGCGCAGCAUCAGUGAGUUCAAUCUCUCCGGUGUGGGUGAUCUUGCCCUGCCGCCACCCCGCAGAUAUUCACCCAAUAUGAUGGGUGGUGGCGGUGGUGGGAUGAAUAUGGGAAUGAAUAUGGGCAUGGGAAUGAAUAUGGGCAUGGGCAUGGGAAUGGGCAUGAAUAUGGGUCCACCCAUGCCACAUGGCCUCCAAUUGGGUCCACCCCAGACGCUGCUCUGCUCGGCCACGCCCACUGUCCAGCAACAGCAGCAGCCUCCUCCGCCGGCUCAGCUGCAGAUUGUGACCCUAAAGCCGCGCAGCGAGAAGAUGGUGACCUUCGAGGAUGAGUCAAAGCAGGCGGUUGGAGGAGGAGUCACUGGAGGAGCAGGAGGAGCAACCCCGCCGCAUUGCCCGCAUGGAGUGCCGACCACACCGAGGAAAUCGCAGCCAGUGGGCGAUAUAUUCAUGUGACCAGGAGCCCAGGACGAGGCGGCCCAACUGGAUGCGGCCAUGCGAUUGAGGGACAGCAUCGAUGAUGCACUGUGUCCAAAGGCGGGACCGGCGCCAGGUGAAGUGAUACGUGUCUAAGGAAAAGGGAAAACCCAAGGAA